UAAACUGGCUAUCGGUAGGCGAGGCAAUGCUGCUGCCUGCGAUGCGUGCGGCGAGAAAGAAAUGAGUUGCUGCCGUUUAAACACUGCAGGCUGAGAUUAGCGACCGAGGUUUCGGUUCUGCAGCUGGCAGCUGUAGAAACGGGGUGAUCUGAGUGAAUUCGAAGGUUUCGCCCUGCAGGAGAGAAGCUGCUCUUUCCUGUGUGAGGGGGGUGUUGUGUGAGAAGAUAAACCCGUGAGGCUGAGGGGGAACCAGAAAAAAACUGUAUCUGGUGCUAAAAGUCUCUUCUCGUUGAGUUCCACAAGGUAAAUGAUGAUGCUGAGACGUGUAAUUCAGGCUGGACGUUAGGAGGAAUUCCUUCAUAGUAAAAGGUUGGACUCGAUGCUUUCAGAGUGCUUUUCCAACCUGGUUCUGUGAAGGUGUUACUGCAUCGCCAGUUCCCGAGGGUUCUGCCAAGUGAAGGAGCCAGUCCCAGUCCUGCAGGCUCAUAUGACUGCAUGCUGCUUAGAUCUGUUCAGAUUCACAUAGAAAUGGAAGUGAAGGUGAAAAAAACAUGGCUGAAGCUCUGAGGCAAGUUUGCCAGAUCUGGGACUGCAUCAUCCCUCUGCACAUCUGGAAGUGGUUUAUGUGCUCUCAUUCCUCCAGCUCAGCGUCUGGGCUCUGCACUAUUCCUCAGCAGCAGAGAAAGGAAAGAAAACCAGCACAACUCCAAAGUAAACUUUGAAGAGUUCGAAAAAGGAAUUGAAUCAUAAAACUGUUACUGUGCCCUGUAAGGCCCUUGUGUGGGUGACUUCAAAGGAGGAUGGUGGUCAAGGACUCUUUGGCAAGAGUGCUUACAGCUGUGGUCUAUCUAGGAUCCAAGUAAAUAGCUCCACAGCACUUCAGGAGAGAAGAGCCCCGAGUACUGUGCUACUUUGAAGAGUUUACAGAUUGCAGUUACAGAUUACAGUUCUCAUCCAACAGGACACAUGGCUCUUUUAAAGAAAAUUAACCAGAUCUUACUGUUACUACUUGUCUUAACUGUGUGUGCUAUUCUGUAUAACAAAGUUCACCAAGUGCCCUUGGCAUUGAGAAAUGAAACAGUGGAUUUGGAGAGCCCUGAGGAAGUGGAGGAAGAAAUCCCAGUGGUGAUCUGUGCUGCUGCAGGCAGGAUGGGCGCAGCUGUGGCAGCGAUCAGCAGCAUCUACAGCAAUACAGAGGCCAAUGUUUUGUUCUACAUCAUCGGGCUGAAGACAACCAUCCCACACAUUCGAAAAUGGAUUGAAAAUUCUAAACUGAAAGAAAUAAAGUUUAAGACUGUGGAAUUCAAUCCUAUGGUACUAAAAGGAAAAAUCAGACAAGAUGCAUCACGUCCUGAGCUACUGCAGCCUCUGAACUUCGUUCGAUUUUAUCUUCCUUUGCUUAUCCAGAAACAUGAGAAAGUAAUAUAUUUGGAUGAUGAUGUCAUUGUUCAAGGUGACAUCCAGGAACUCUAUGACACUAAGUUAGCUCCUGGACAUGCAGCAGCUUUUUCAGAUGAUUGUGAUCUGCCUUCUACACAUGAAAUGGUUAGAAGUGUAGGGAUGCAGAACACAUACAUGGGAUUCCUGGACUACAGAAAGCAAGCCAUUAGAGAUCUUGGCAUCAGCCCCAGCACCUGCUCCUUUAAUCCUGGAGUAAUUGUUGCUAACAUGACUGAAUGGAAACAUCAGCGGAUUACAAAGCAGUUGGAAAAGUGGAUGCAAAGAAAUGUAGAGGAAAACCUCUAUAGCAGCACCCUUGGGGGAGGUGUGGCAACCUCCCCAAUGCUGAUUGUAUUUCAUGGAAAAUAUUCCUCUAUUAAUCCUAUGUGGCACAUAAGGCAUCUUGGUUGGAGUCCUGAUGCCCGUUACUCAGAGCAAUUUCUUCAAGAAGCUAAAUUACUUCACUGGAAUGGGAGAUACAAACCUUGGGACUACCCCAGUGUCCACACUGAUCUGUGGGAAAACUGGUUUAUUCCUGACCCUUCAGGGAAGUUCAAAUUAACCCGUCCUGACAGCUGAUACUGAAAUACUGCAUAAUGUAGUGUAUGGGAUGCAUUUAUAGUUUGAGAUGCAACAUGCUAUAUGAUUAACUGACUUUAGAAAACAAAGUAUUUGUUAAAAAUGUGAAUAACUGACCAUCAGUUUUGUGUGUAUAUGGCAGGUGAGGGAGGCUGGAGUGACCAGUACACAGUUCAGAUUAUACUGACUUUCAUGUAAGGUGAGGAAACAAGUUUACUUGACAGUGAAGUAUCUUCAUUACACACUUACAGAGGUGAAAUUCAGUGCCAGACAGAGUGCUUUAAGUUAAGGUGUCUCUACAUAAGAUUCCAAUGUCUUCUGGUAGGAAAAAAUCUUCACAGGAGAUAGAUGCAGUGCUAUGUACAAGAAGUGUUUAGUUAUCUAACCCACAUUAAACAUCCUGAAUUGAAAACCUGGGCCCAUGUUACUGAGUUCUGUUGUGUGGUGA